GAGGGGCGCAGCGCUCGGCCAGAAGCAGGGCGCCCGGGCCGACCGCUCUGGGAACUGCUGUGCAUCCGCGUAAACACGCCUUAGUUACCGCGGCGCCUGGGCCGGAGGAGCGCACGAUCUAGGAGCAGACGCAUCCUGGCAGUUUCAACAAAACAAAAGUCGGCGAUAAAGUCGGCGCGGGGGACUGGCCGUUCGCAGCGUCCCGGAGCCCGGAAAGAAAGGGGCCCCCGUCGGUCCGGAGCUUGGCCUGAACUAACUCGUGUCCACGACCGACCGCCACGGCCCUUGUGACAAAUGCAUUCUUUUGUUGUCGUUCGGGGGAAUGAAACGGUUCGUCCGGGCCCUUCGGGAGCUCCCCGGCAAAGGAUAGCUAAUUGCCCGAAGAAACGUAGUGGAAAAUGCAAAACAACGAAAUUAUAAAACCUGCCAAAUACUUCUCAGAAUUGGAAAAGAGCAUCUUGCUUGCUUUAGUAGAAAAGUAUAAAUAUGUGCUGGAAUGUAAGAAAAGUGAUGCACGAACUAUUGCCCUCAAGCAACGUACCUGGCAAGCGCUGGCCCACGAGUAUAACUCUCAGCCAAGUGUGUCGCUGCGGGAUUUCAAACAGCUGAAGAAGUGCUGGGAGAACAUCAAGGCUCGGACCAAAAAAAUUAUGGCCCAUGAAAGGAGAGAGAAAGUGAAGCGGAGCGUGAGCCCACUGCUGAGCACCCAUGUGCUCGGGAAGGAGAAGAUUGCUGGCAUGCUGCCUGAGCAGCUCUACUUCCUACAGAGCGCGCCCGAGGAAGAGCCAGAGUACCACCCCGAUGCCGCUGCCCAAGAAUCAUUUGCUGUUUCAAAUAGAGAACUGUGCGAUGAUGAGAAAGAGUUCAUACAUUUUCCAGUAUGUGAGGGGACCUCUCAACCUGAACCCUCGUGUUCAGCUGUCAGAAUAACAGCCAAUAAAAACUACAGGAGCAAAACCUCUCAGGAAGGUGCUUUAAAAAAGAUGCAUGAGGAAGAACACCAUCAACAAAUGUCCAUCUUACAACUGCAGCUGAUACAAAUGAAUGAGGUGCAUGUGGCCAAAAUCCAGCAGAUAGAGCGAGAGUGUGAGAUGGCAGAGGAGGAACACAGGAUAAAAAUGGAAGUGCUCAAUAAAAAGAAGAUGUAUUGGGAAAGAAAACUACAAACUUUUACCAAGGAAUGGCCUGUUUCCUCAUUUAACCGGCCCUUUCCCAAUUCACCCUAAGACUUUGGGGGUGGUUCCCUUGUAAUUAAAUCUUGUGUGGCAAAGUCUGGAACAUGAACUUGGGGUCAGUAACCUGUAACAGAGCUACAACUAGGAAAAUUAGCGUGGUAGUAGUCAUUUAUUUAAGAAUACAUUCAGGUAAACAGCUACACCCUAUGUACCCCUUAAGUGGCAAAAAGCUGUUAUAGUUUUCUGAAAAUUACCACUUUGAGUGCUAUUAAUUCUGAAUGUAAUGUCUCUUAAUUAGAAUUCAUAUAAGAACCAUGUGUGAGUGUUGUAUUUUUUUAAAAUCAGAUGCAAGUGUGACUAUAAAGAAGUAUGGCUGAUUUUUUUCCCCUGAAGCAGACAGCUGAACUUUUCUAUCCAAUUGAAUGUCCUGACUUUGAAAGAGGUUGUUCUGGGUGCCACACUCUUCUCCAGAGGUGAUUUUUGUCACUAGAAAUUGCUAAAGGUCUGCGGGAAAUUUCAGUUUUUGAAAAGCUCAACAUUUGGGAGGAUAUUUUCUAAUGUAGCUCUUAAACUGCAUUUUAAGGCUUUUCUUCAAAGAGGAGUUCCCAAGUAAUAUCUCCAGCAGUGGUAGUUUUGUUAGAACGAAGGAUGUAACAACUUUGAGGGAGAAAUGUUAGUUUAGGUUUCUACAUGCUGUUAUCUUUGUUUUAUUAAAAAAGAGACUUGCAAUUUUAUAGUCA